GCAGCAGUGAUAUUACCAAGUGAGAAGCAGAGAGUGGUGUUUCAGUAAAAGGCUGUUGAUUUGAGUUUUUAACGUAUUUUCAGUGAUAAUUAAAUCAUGAAGGUGACGGACAGCAGUGUGAUCCGUUUUCACCUCCAAGUGAUUUACGGGAUAACUGUGAAGAGCUUUGAGAAGAGAAAGGAGCGACUGUUCUUCGGUGGUGCAAAGAUCUUCGGUGUUCCUCUGGAGAAUUUACCCAGGAGAUACAUCCCUGAGUUUGGCCUGGUGCCCUGUUUUCUGGUGGAUGCUUGUUCCUUUCUCCUGGAGCGUGCAGGGACUGUCGGCCUGUUCAGGAAACCAGGCUCGCUUCCCCGCAUCAAGAACAUCAGGGCCAAGCUGAAUAGAGGAGAGGGGUGCCUGUCCACAGCCCUUCCCUAUGACGUUUCAACGCUCAUCAAACAGUUCUGCAGGGAGCUGCCGGAGCCGUUGUUCCCCUCUGAGCUCCACCCGGCGCUGCUCAAGGCCCAGUCGCUGUCCAACCCUCAGGACAGGACUUCAGCCCUGCAGCUGCUGUCCUGUUUGCUUCCCGCCAGGAACUCCUCCUGUCUGCAUUACCUGUUCGACUUCCUCUGCAAAAUCUCCAAAAGAUGCAAUGAGAACUUGAUGACCAGCUCCAACCUCGCCACGGUCUUCGGUCCGUGUCUCCUGCCGCCUCCCAACAAGGCGGAGAUGUCCGAAGGGCGACUUGAACUCAGAGUUCUCGUCUUAAACACCUUCAUUGAAAAUCCUCACUUAUUCGGAGUGAUUCCUAAAGUUGUGAUGGACAGUAUGGAGUUCCUGAUUAAUUUCCAUCAUCCGAAAGACGCAAAGAGAGGACACAGAAAACGACACAGUUUCAAAGUCAUACGGUCUGUGAAGACGGCGCCCUGGAUCCCAGCGAGGUCAAAGGUCAGACCUGCAGACUCUGAGCAGAGCCAAGAGUCCACCUCAGGGGACAGACCGGGGCUCAGGAGGAGCUUCGGCCUGGAGACUUUCCCCAACGUCCUGCUGUUCAGGAACUGUAUGCCUUCUGCAGAUAAAGAGUUCAGUCCUGCAGCAGCUUCGUUGGAGAGUCCCAGUCCUGCUACCAAAGAGGCAUUCAAGACCCCUAAAAGAGAUCUGUAUCUGGGUAAUUUCUCGAGGUUCAUCAGAGGACAGGGUGCAGACGGCUCCGCUGUGCUCACUGGUGUCGGAAAACUGCAGCUCAGUCCUUGGAGAAGACGCACGUCAUUAUAAUCUUUUUAAAUAUUCAGAAGUCAUGUGGGUUGCCCUACAUGUUUUUACACAUUUUAACAUUUUAAUGAAUGUACAUAUUUAUUUGACAACAACACUUUUGUAUGGAUGAACGGUCACCAUCUUUUUUUAUCAAGUGAAUAAAUGUUUUUCAACUUU